AUGUCGUUCAGGAAGGGCGCUCUGUACCCCGCAAAUCCUGCGACUGCACGCGGACAGCCGACGAAGCUCAGCUCGAGCAAAGACAAGAUCGUAUACACGAACGGGCGGUCCGUCCCCUCACGCGAUGGCCAGGAUCCUACAGUCUCGAUUGCCUACAGCGGACAUGUACACAACGCGACUGUCGCGCGCAUCGCGCCCUCAGGAUACUACUGCGCAUCUGCGGACGUAGUGGGAAACGUGAGGAUAUGGGAUACGCUUGGGGAGGAGCAGACGUUGAAGGGAGAGUACAAGGUUAUUACGGGCCAAGUUAAAGACCUCGAGUGGGACGGCGAGAGCAAGCGGAUCGUUGCAGUCGGAGACGGUCGAGACAAGUUCGGUCAUGCGUUCAUGUUCGAUACUGGCUCGUCUACGGGAGAGAUCAUCGGUCAUGCAAAGACCAUCAACGCCGUCAGUAUCAGGCAACAGCGGCCAUUCCGCGCUGCGACUGCUGCAGAUGAUGCGACUAUCGUGUUCCACCAAGGUCAGCUGCCUUUCAAGUACGACAAGACUAUCAAGACACACACGAAGUUCGUCCAGGAUGUCCGAUACGCUUCCUCUGGAGACCACUUCGCUAGUGUAGGCUCGGACUACAAGAUCUUCGUCUACGACGGCAAGACCGGAGAUACUCUCGGCGAGUUCACCGACAGUCCACACACUGGUAGCGUCAUGGCCGUCAGUUGGAGCCCCGACAGCAAGUCGCUCGUCACCUCCGCGGCCGACGGCACGGUCAAGCUCUGGGACGUAGAGACAAAGAAGGCACAGACCACCUGGACGCUCGGCUCCGGGGUGAACCACCAGCAAGUUGGCAACACCUGGACCGCGGGUGACCACAUCGUCUCGCUCUCCAUAUCCGGGGACCUGAACGUGUUCGAUAAGCGCGUUGGAAACAAGCCCGCGCGCGUCCUCUACGGCCCGCAAAAGGCGAUCACAUCCGCGAUCAAAGCGCCCUCGUCUGACGCGACGUUCAUCGUCGGCACCGCCGACGGGCGUGUGCUCUCGUUCGCGAACGAGUACGAGUACGUCGGCGGGGACGCGCACGCGAGCCUCGUCGCCGGCCUCAGCGCGUCCCCCUCGGGCACGGUGCACUCGGUCGGCUUCGACGACCGUCUGCGCGAGAUCGACGGCAAGGCCUACACGCCCGCGUCGUUCUCGACCGCCGCUCAGCCCAAGGCCGGUGUUGCGGUCAGCGGCGACUCGACGGUGUUCGUCGCGGAAGUGGAGAGCGUCGAAGCCGUGCGGUCGAACCAAAAGGUGUUUGACCUCCCGCUCAAGUACUCCCCGAGCGCGAUCGCCGCGUCCGGCUCGCAAGUCGCCGUCGGCGGAGAGGACCAGAAGGUGCGGCUGUACAGCUGGGACGGGAAGGCACUCUCGGAGAAGGCGACGCUCGAGGGCAACAAGGGCACCGUGAGCGCGCUCGCGUUCUCGCCCGAUGGCAAGCUCCUCGCCUCUGGCGACUCGAGUGGGAAGAUCGCGCUAUUCGACGCCGCGGCGCACAAGCUCGUCACCUCGCGCUGGUCCUUCCACAGCGGGAGGAUCAACUCGCUCUCCUGGACCGCCGACGGGAAGCACUGCGCGUCCGGCUCGCUCGACACGCAUGUCUACGUCUGGAGCGCCGAGAAGCCAAUGAAGAACAUCGCGAUCAAAAACGCCUCUCCAGGCGGGGUCAACGCUGUCUUCUGGCUGAAGGACGGGGAGCUCGCGAGCGCCGGGGCGGACGGAUCUGUGAGGGUGUGGAACGUGACGUUCCAUGCGUAG